CGCUCCUCCUCCGUCUCCUCGUCACUCAUCCCGGAUCAGGCUCGUGAGCGGGUCCGCGCGGAGUUCUCUGGAAUGGAACCGGAUUUAUUCCCGCUGUGGUUCGUCCGUCUCCGGUGCUCCGGCUCCUUCGCCGCGACAGCGGGCGUGUCUGCUGCGCGCUGCAUUACUUCUCCUCCCCUGGUUUAAAUAUAUAUAUUUAUAUAUAUAUAUAUAUUUUUGUAUAUGCACUGGUUUUGUACCAAACCCGUCCAACUUGUUACUGAGCCGCUCGCGGACAGCGUCGGGCUUUCCGUCUUUUUGAACGGAAGGAGGAUUCUGAACCGAUGGUGAACGAGCUGAGGUCAGGCCGCUUGUGAAGGCGCUGGAUUAGCCCCACCCCCCCCCGCCCCGAAGCCCCGAGCCGGACGCAGCAUGGCGGCGGGAGUAGCGGCGUGGCUUCCCUUCGCCCGGGCGGCGGCCAUCGGCUGGAUGCCCGUGGCCAACCUGCCCAUGCCGGUGGCGCCCGCCGGCAAGAACAAGCGGCAGGACGAGAUGAUCAUCCUCAACGUGAGCGGCCGGCGCUUCGAGACCUGGAGGAACACGCUGGACCGCUACCCGGACACGCUGCUGGGCAGCUCGGAGAAGGAGUUCUUCUACAACGAGGAGACCAAAGAGUACUUCUUCGACCGCGACCCCGACGUCUUCCGCAGCGUGCUCAACUUCUACCGCACGGGGAAGCUGCACUACCCGCGCUACGAGUGCAUCUCCUCCUACGACGAGGAGCUGGCCUUCUUCGGCAUCAUCUCGGAGAUCAUCGGCGACUGCUGCUACGAAGAGUACAAGGACAGGAAGCGGGAGAACGCCGAGCGGCUGAUGGACGACCAGGAGGACAACAAGGACGCCAAGCCGCCCAACAUGACCUGCAGGGAGACCAUGUGGCGGGCCUUCGAGAACCCGCACACCUCCACCAUGGCGCUGGUCUUCUACUACGUCACGGGCUUCUUCAUCGCCGUCUCCGUCAUCACCAACGUGGUGGAGACGGUGCCCUGCGGCACCUCGCCCAACCAGAAGGAGGUGCCGUGCGGCGAGCGCUACACCGUGGCCUUCUUCUGCAUGGACACGGCCUGCGUGAUGAUCUUCACCGUGGAGUACCUGAUGCGCCUCUUCGCCGCGCCCAGCCGCUACCGCUUCAUGCGCUCGGUGAUGAGCAUCAUCGACGUGGUGGCCAUCCUGCCGUACUACAUCGGCCUGGUGAUGACCGACAACGAGGACGUGAGCGGCGCCUUCGUCACGCUGCGCGUCUUCCGCGUCUUCCGCAUCUUCAAGUUCUCGCGCCACUCGCAGGGCCUGCGGAUCCUGGGCUACACGCUGAAGAGCUGCGCCUCGGAGCUGGGCUUCCUGCUCUUCAGCCUCACCAUGGCCAUCAUCAUCUUCGCCACCGUCAUGUUCUACGCCGAGAAGGGCUCCAGCUCCAGCAAGUUCACCAGCAUCCCCGCCUCCUUCUGGUACACCAUCGUCACCAUGACGACGCUGGGGUACGGAGACAUGGUCCCUAAGACGAUCGCGGGGAAGAUCUUCGGCUCCAUCUGCUCUCUGAGCGGCGUGCUGGUCAUCGCGCUGCCCGUCCCCGUCAUCGUGUCCAACUUCAGCCGCAUCUACCACCAGAACCAGAGGGCCGACAAGCGGCGGGCGCAGAAGAUGCAGAAAGCCCGCUUGGCCAGGAUACGAAUAUCCAAGCAGGGAACCUCCAACGCCUUCCUGCACAGCAAGCGCAACGGCCUGUUCAGCGAGGCGCCGGAGUUCACGCAACUACCGUACAAGAUGAACCUUUCGGAGCAGAGCUCCACUGAGGAGGAUCAGCGGUUGAACAAGUCCACCUCUCUCCUGGAGAGCCAGCACCACCACCUGCUGCACUGUCUGGAGAAGACCACCAACCACGAGUUCGUGGACCAGCAGUACUACCAGCAGAGCUACCUGGAGGCGGGGCUGCAGAACUACCCCUCCAGAAGCCCCUCCCUCUCCAGCCGGGACGGCGUGUCGGGCACGUGCUGCACCCGCCGCAGCAAGAAGCAGCACGCCCCUCUACAGAACGCCAGCGGCCCGGCGCACAUGCAGCCUCUGACGCAGGUGCACGCCCACCCGCGGGGCCUCCAGGAGCUCAGCACCAUCCACAUCCAGCCGCUCAGCACCAGCCGCUCCAGCCUGAACAUGCGCGUGGACGAACCGGCGUCCCUGAACUGCCAGAGCAGCCAGAUCACCACGGCCAUCAUCAGCAUCCCCACGCCGCCGGUGACGACCUCCGACGGCGACGCACACCUGCGCGCGGGCCCCGCCCACCAGAACGUUGUGAAGGUGUCUGCGCUGUGAGGAAAGACAGUAUGGAAGAUCUAAAAAAAACAACAACAACACACACACACUCACGGAGACAGACUGAGGGACGAGGACGGCGGAGACGGAGGAGGCGUUCAGGGUCCUGGUCCAGCUGUGGUGGAGGCCGCCCUCUGCUGGUCAUGUACUGUAACGACAUGGACUCCCAGGGCGGCUUUAGAUCCCGGGUGUGUGUGUGUGUGUGCGUGUGUGCGUGUGAGAGCGUGAUGGAGGCGUGUGCGUCACUUUCCACAAAGCACCUUUUCAUGAGUUCUGCUUCAGUUUCCUUCAUGGUUCCUUUAUUUGUGUUAAGCAUAAAGACGGGAAAAGCAAUUAUGCUGAUUUAAACCCUCAGCAGCUCUUCUUCUUAUUCCAAAGGGUGAAAAAGAUGAAACAUGAAAGGUGGUCUGUGACAGAGUGUGUGUGUGUGUGUGUGUGUGUGUGUGUGUGUGUGUGUGUGUGUGUUACAGAGGGAGAACAUGUGAAGUCACAAGUCAUUUUCAUUUGUUUCAUUUAUUCCUAAAGCAGGAAGAAAGAACAAAGACGCUUCGGUUCGUGUCGCUUCUUUUGCUCCACCUGUUGGUAGAGAAACGCGCCUCUAGUACGCGUGUGCGUGCGUGUGCGUGUGUGUGUGCGUGUGAGGUUCCUCGUGCACGUGUCCCGUCAGACGUUCUCAGCUGAGGGGCCUUUUUUACACGAGAUGCCUGAGUAAAAGAUUUGUGUUCGUAGCUUUUCUUCCCCCCCCGACUGACCUCGAAUAACGCAGAGAAACCAAAUGAAGACGACGUUCUGAAUUCAAACCCUCACGAUCAAAAGCACACGGCGUCCGCUGAGAGUCUCUGACAGGAACGACACGCGAGGCCCGGUUCUUUCUUUCUCUUUUUCUGUGAAUAUUGUUAAUAGAAUAUUUUGUAAUAUUUGAACAUCGUCUGGCAGAACCAGUGAAGCUGUCUUCGUGUCGUCCCCCGUCCCUCGGUCUGUCUCUCUCUUGUUGUGAUCCUGGUGUGUCCCUCGCUCCCGUGUGAACAACAGAGUGCUUUCAGAAGUCUUUUUAGCUGUUGACCCCCCAAAAACACCCCCCCAGCGGGCAUUUUCUUACAGUUGUUGAGUACGUGUACUUCUAUGUGAUUAGGAAACUUGGUGUUUGUACUUUUUGUCCUCUGUGUUUCAAAAGGAUUUUUGUUUGAUCUACUGAAGAAUUUAAAGAUGGGGGGGGGACAAGGUGAGCCGUCCCAUCAGAGUUGACCUUUGGGAUUACGGACGGGACCUUUUCAGCUGUUGCCUCCCUGUUGGCCUUUAGAUUAUUAUGUUGGGUCGUUUCCACGUUGAGCAGCUCCUCUCCUUCCUCUUCUUUAAUGAGACGGAGAUCUUUAAUGAGAUGAGACGGAGAUCUUUAAUGAGACGGAGAUCUUUAAAUAGAUGAGACGGAGAUCUUUAAUGAGACGGAGAUCUUUAAAGAGAUGAGACGGAGAUCUUUAAAGAGAUGAGACAGAGAUCUUUAAUGAGACGGAGAUCUUUAAUGAGACGGAGAUCUUUAAAGAGAUGAGAUGGAGAUCUUUAAUGAGACGGAGAUCUUUAAAGAGAUGAGACGGAGAUCUUUAAAGAGAUGAGAUGGAGAUCUUUAAUGAGACGGAGAUCUUUAAAGAGAUGAGACGGAGAUCUUUAAAGAGAUGAGAUGGAGAUCCAGAGCACACGGACUGAAGCCUUCAUCCGUCAGCCAGUGGCACAUUUCAAAAGGCAAUACGGGAACCGGACUAAUGUUGCGUCGGCCCACAGGCUCUUUUCCCUGGAAGUGACGUGUGGAACCUUUAAAUAGAGGCGGAACCUAUUUAAUUACACCUCACAUGCAUUUGUACGAAGACUUACAAAAUACCAUCUUAUCAAACGUGGUGAAAUACAGCAGAUCUGGUUCCACAUCAGAGGUUUGUUGUGCUUUAGACCCCCCCCAUCAAACCCCCCGGAACAGGAAGUGUGUUACACCUCAGAACCACCACGUACUAAAUUAACCUGCAGGGAAAAAAAAAAAAAAAAAAAAAA